UGCGCUCCUCCCCGUGUGGGUGACGGGAGGGGGAGGGAGCCAGGCAGAGCUGAUCCCACGUGUGACGCUCGCAUUCCCGGCUCAGUAAUAGUCUCUUAGCUCUGACAGUGUGUGUGUUAGUUACUGGCCAUAGUUGGGUUAGCCAUGGAGGGAGACGGGAGCCAAGCCACAUCUGGAAGCCCUAACGAUUCGCAACACGACCCGGGUAAAAUGUUUAUCGGUGGCCUCAGCUGGCAAACUUCACCAGACAGCCUUAGAGACUAUUUUAGUAAAUUUGGAGAAAUCAGAGAAUGUAUGGUGAUGAGAGAUCCCACGACAAAACGCUCCAGGGGAUUUGGCUUCGUAACGUUUGCGGAUGCGGCCAGUGUAGAUAAGGUCCUAGCUCAACCUCACCACGAAUUAGACUCAAAGACGAUUGAUCCUAAAGUUGCCUUUCCAAGACGCGCUCAACCCAAGAUGGUCACAAGAACAAAGAAAAUAUUUGUAGGUGGAUUAUCAGCUAACACAGUAGUUGAAGAUGUGAAGCAGUAUUUUGAACAGUUUGGCAAGGUAGAAGAUGCUAUGCUUAUGUUUGAUAAAACUACAAAUAGACAUAGAGGAUUCGGCUUUGUAACUUUCGAGAACGAGGAUGUGGUGGAAAAGGUCUGCGAGAUUCAUUUUCACGAAAUCAAUAAUAAAAUGGUAGAAUGUAAGAAGGCCCAGCCGAAGGAAGUGAUGUUUCCUCCAGGGACGCGGGGGAGAGCCAGAGGUCUGCCCUACACCAUGGACGCCUUUAUGCUGGGAAUGGGCAUGCUGAGUUAUCCAAACAUUGUAGCAACGUAUGGCCGAGGAUACACUGGUUUCGCCCCAAGCUACAGCUACCAAUUCCCUGGCUUCCCGGCAACAGCGUACAGUCCAGUAGCAGCGGCGGCAGCAGUGGCGGCAGCGCGUGGCUCAGGUAGGGGGGCCCGUGGAAGAGGCGGCUACGCAGCAUACCCUCAGAGCACAGGGCCAGGCUUCCCCGAUUACGGUUUCUAUUCCUCGCCAAGCGACCAACGGGGGCCCCCCUUCUCCUUUGCGGACUAUGGCUCCCUGGGCCCCCAGGCGGCUCAGCUGCUGCAAAGCGAGCAUGCCACAUCAGCCUGCAACUCCCCUCUCCAGCACCUGGCCAGCCCGGAUCAGUAUAAGAGCCCAGGCACCAACCCGCCCCGGCCUGGAGCCUUUCCUGGAGCCAGCAGUCCCGGGCCAGUGGCUGAUCUGUACGGCCCCACCAGCCAGGACUCCGGCGUGGGCAACUACAUAAGCGCUGCUAGUCCCCAGCCCGGCUCCGGCUUCGGACACAGCAUUGCUGGUCCUUUGAUUGCGACAGCUUUUACAAAUGGAUACCAUUGAAACCUAACAGGUGGUUGGUUGCCAUCUCAUUUGAGCAGAGUUUAUCAGGAGGCCCGGGGAAGACUGGCCGGAGUUUCUAAUUGGUUCUGUGUACAGGUAAAGGCCAUUAAACUUCAAGCACUACAGCGCUGAACGGGAAUCUAAAGCUGAGAUGGCGCCACGCGAAGAACAAACCCAAACGUCUGAAUCAUCUCAGAAAGAAGAAACAAAAAAACAAAAAAACAACUAAACAAUCUGCUGUACUAUACUGAAAUCCUGGCUUUCGAAUAUUUGAUCCUAGUGUAGCCCUGACCUUGAAUUAGGAUUUAAUUUUAUUCUUUUCCUUUACUGUUUUUCCUUUUAGAAACAUUUUAGUCAUCUUUUAUUGUGUACACGUUGAAUCAACCGACGUUUGUUUGAGUUUCUAGAUGUUCUUCAUUGUUCUUGAAUGUUCUCUGAUGAGAGCGACUAUGUAAACAUAAAAUGUCAUUUUUUUUUUUGUUCUGUUUUGGUAGUAAUAUUCCAAUAGCGGUUUUGUUUCACAGCCCUCGUCUAUCACUUUUUACACAAGCAAGAAAUCGGAUUGAAAUGACUCCGCUUGAAAAGGUGACAUUUCUAAUUCAAGCCUAAACCGCAAUGAGUGGGUAACUCAAAAAAAUCUUAGUAGCUCUGUUCUAUGUUUAUCGUGAUGUCUUGUUAACCAUGAUUACCUAUUUUGGGCAAUAAGAGGACUACAAUAUUUUCACAGUCCUUUUUUAUAAAUGUCAUUUUUGUUGUCGAUGAAAAAAAAAAUGAAAAAAAAGCUUUCCUUUUAAUACUUUGUGAAAUGAGAUUUAAAAAGAAAAGAAUUCUGAAACUGUAUAUAUUAUUCUGUUCACUGCAUCAAACUGUUUCUGAGAGAGAACCAUAUUUUUGUGAUGGUGUCAUAGAGGUUGUAUCGUGCGCAAGCCGAAAUAUGUCAGUUCAAAAAUAUCUUCGAGGCUCAAUGCAGUAACCGAGGUCCAUCUGUAGCACAAAGGCCGUGAUUUACCCCAGUACGGACGAAAUUCAAUCGAACACUGUUAGCUCGCUUUGUAAAUACCGUCGGCUUUACAACUGUGCAGGUGUUAUACCAGCAUAUGGAUUAGAUAGUACGUUUAAGAUGUGCACAGCUUACAAAGAGAAUAUACUUCACAAGGUAUACACAAAUCAGCAUUGUAACAAAAGAUAACAAAUCACAACAAAAUCCAAAGCACACAUGAACUAUGAUUUCAAACCGUGUCGAGACAUUUCAUGUUUAGCGUUUCAUUUGGCGUUCUGGCGUGAGCUUCUUUUUCCCAUCGCGUGUCGCCGCCGAACGAUUCGAAUAACACAGGCAAUAUUUCAAAGUGUUUUGAAAUUGCUCUACGAUUAGGAAAACCCCAUCUUUUCUACCAUUACCUCAGUCCUGUGAGAAAGACUUUAAAGGAGAUUACAAAUUAAUUUAUUUUAGCCUGAGACAGAUAUUGAGAAAGAUAUUAAAGUGUUGUUUUGAAAUUAAGUAAAUCAUUGCACUGUGAGAGAGAAUUUAUCAUUUUCUAUUUGCACAUGUGAACUGACAGUCUCUAACGUGGGUCGCGUGAAGGACCGCUGUGGAAGCCGCUCGUUUCUUUCCACACGGGAUAACACUUACGAAUCUGGAGUCUUGGCUUGCAUUGAUUCAAAGACUGUACUUUGAAAUAAUCUCUUAUUCUAGAAGAUCAGAGAUGACAGAUGAGUUUAUUGGUAGCAAUAGUUCAUUUCCUCAGAAACACUGAAACUGAUUGAAACCAGUAGCUGCUACACACAUUUGUUGUACAUGUGGGGACUGGAUUUGAUGAGACACAAAUGGCAUUUAGAAAUAUGAACUGACUGAUGUAUGCUGUUAUUCAAUCUUGUUGAAAAUGUUUGAUUUGCAUUUAUUUAAAAAAAAAUUGUGUUUUUUGUUCAUUUCACUAAACUAACAGGCGAGGCAGAAUGCUGGAUUCUUUCUCAAGAAGGAGACGUGAUAAAAGUAAUGAUAAAAAAAAAACUGAAAAAUAUGAACUUUGUGCUAACUGUUUGAGCUGUUUUAAAAAAGACAAACGUAUAAAAAAAAAAGAAAGAAAGAAAAUUAUCCCGAACAUGUUUUGAAUUUAAAUGGGGAUGGAUUUUUAUCAAUAUUUUUGUGGAUGUUAAUGAUUAUACUAAAUAUAACUGACAAUAAUACAGAUAUUAUGUACUGUAUUUAUCAAUCGUUUCUCUUCAUUCCCUGUCACCUCAUUCAGUAAUCUUAUGUUGAUCAUUGUAUUUUAGUAGUGUGUAAAAAAAAAAAAAGAAAAAAAGAAGAAGAAAAAAACAGGAAUAUGACUUUACCUUGUAAAAGAGUGCUGUCUUGAUGCCAGUGUAGUGGUCUAUACACUUCUUGGUUGGUAUUUUUCACAUUUCCCCCCUCAUUCUCCUUUUGUCGUUUUGCCCUUUCUCUAUAUCUCACUCUCUCUUUAGUGAGUAGUUGUAGGUGUUAUGUACUUAAUGUUAAGAUGUAGAGGUAUUCAUUAGCAAUCGUAGGACCAGUAAGGAUAGAACUUUCUCUUUAUAAUCAUUUAAAGACAAAAAGACAAAAAAUGCUGAGCGUUAUUUUCAUAGUAAUUUUUUUUUUCUUGUUUUUUUUUUUCUCCUUUUUGUUCCACUGUUUUGCUGGUCUCACAUGGUUUCAACUAACCAAAGCUCUCACUGAUGAAAUCGAGGAGAAAGAAAUUGCUGUACGACAGAAUGGUAAUCAAGGCAUUAAUUGGAUCCCCACCCUUGAAUGUUUUAAAAGGGGUGUGCCAUACUACCUUAAAUGCUAACGCUAGAUAUGCAAAACCAUUUAACUUUCUUUUUUAAGAGGGACGCAAGCUAUAAUUAUGAUUUUAUUACAUGAAUGAAAAAUUCAUUUUUUUUUUAGUAAGUAAUGAUGAUACGAGUUAAUCAUUAUAGAUAUGGAUAAAACUGUCAAAGGUUUUUGAUAUUUAUACUCAUCCAAAAAAAAAAAAAUCCCAGUGGCCUACGGCAAAAAAACAAACAUUUUUUUUUAUUCAUUUUUAUGCCUGGAUUAACACAUACUUUAGUUUUGAGUCACCGGGGACAUAGAAUAUGAUUGUUUUUUUGUGCUUUUUAAUUGCAUUGCCAGCUUUUCAUUUUAAUUCAGCAUCUACGUUCGAUACCAGACAGCAUGUGACACUAAUUAGCUUGACUUUAGUGUGAAACCAGUGUCACUCUGAAUCUGUAUUCCUGAAUCACAUCUGUUCUCAGGGAUAUCAAACAUGAGCCACCUUCACAAGGGAGAUUUUUAUGCUACUAGUGAGUUACGAUCAGCACAACUUUUAAUGAAAGGUGUCUAACUCAAGUUUAUUCAGUACAUUUGAGCUCAAUUUAAAGGUGCUGUCGGGAUGAAACGUGCACAGCAUUUUCUUACUGAAGACAUCUUUUUAAACUGCAACACUAGGUGGUUAGUUCUUCUGAGUUGGAUGUCUCUUUCUUAACAAGUUGAGUAUGCAGCAUCCAUUUAGGUCUUGGUGCACAUUUAGGUGGUGAGUGAUAAAGGCAAAUGUUUUAACAGCAGAUGAAGCACAUUUCCCUUCUGCUGUGACUCUCGAUUAAAAUGAAGGUUGGCAACUCUUUUAAACAGCUUCUUUUUUUUAUCCGUAUCCGUUAGCUUACCCCAUAAUUUGAUCUUGUAGCUUGGACUUUAAGGUAGCAUGGCUCUGUUGCCAUCAUUUUGUUUUCCAUGGACAGCAGUUUACAGCGGAUGAAUGUUACACAUCUUGCUAGACUAGUUAAAUCAUUGGAAAAUUGUUGGUUUAAAAAAAUAUUAAAAUGAAAAAAGAAAAUGACCUGGAAGGUGUUGAGUGAUUUUGGGAGUGAACUACCGUAUCCAUUUACACUUGAAUUUUGCGGCAAGUGCUAGGCAAUGGCCAAAACGAUCACCCCACUAAUAAAGCAGUGAAACGUUCCACACUGUAAUGUCUAGUGUACAGUAUACUUGUAUACAUAUACAACAUAUAUAUGUAUAGUGUAUAUAUCUCUGUUAAAUUGUUAUAACUGUCUCAUGACUUCUCAUCGUAGGUGAACUGAUGCUAGUGUUGGUUUCAUUGGCUGUUGAAUCAUGUCGUGUACCUGGAGGCCCGCUAGUAGUUAUAGCUGUGUAAACCUGACGAUGGGGACGGUACGGUUAAUAUGGUGUCUUUAGGUCUUAUUUUUGACACUCGUCUCCCAUUUUCUCCUGAGGCCUCGGCCUCUUGAUUGCCUUGUCCAUUCCUAACACUUGCCCAUUUUUUAAUGUUAACGGACUUUUUACCACGAGAACUGACUGAACGGACUGACGUCUGAAAGCAUCUUUCAGGUCUUCUUGUAUGGCUUGCUCAAGCCCUGUUGUAAAAUAAACUAAAGUGGAUGGGGGUCUCUCACAUCUCAGAUGUGGAAAGUAUAAUUUUAUAUUUGUAUUUUCAAAUAAUAAUGAUAAUAAUAAUAAUAAAAAAUGUUUGUGAAAGGUUUCCAUCCUCUACUGUGGUCCAGAAAUCAAUGUGUUUGUCUGGAAAAGAUAAAAAAAAAAGUAAUAAAAAUACAAAAAAUACAAAUAAAAUAAAAGAGUUUUGAACCAUUUCACUCAUGGUUUUUAUUUUCAACUUUUUCAAGCAAUUGAUUUGUGAUUCAAAAGAAAUGAAUAUACCUGCAAAAGAUUGUAUGCCAGAACAUGCACAACGAUUAAAAUGCACAAAGUUGAAUACAGAGCCCAA